GUACCUUAAGUAAAUGGUUACUUGUUUUCUAGAGAUACCUUAAAAAAAGCCUUAUAACAACAUCCGCGCAGUAUCUCUACUAUUCCGUACAGAAUAAAUGUCAAAAUGGCCUCUCGACGUUUCAUACUCCUCUCUUCCCCUCUUGCCAUCGGGUACGGCAUCCACCAAGGUCUCAACAUCCUCGAAUCCAAAUAUCCCGCACUGUCCCCCGACUCCAACACCAGCUCAGCCCUCCGCACCCCCUCCAACCCCACCAUCCAACGCUGCGCCUACGUCGACGUCUACUCAGCCCGAGUCCCCGUAAAAGCCCUCGAGUCACACCCAGCCGCCAAAAAUUCCAAAAGCCUCCAAGAUGCAUGGGCCCGCACACUAUUCCAGAGCCGUGUUCUCCGCACUGAGGCCCGUCUUAUUGGACUCUUCACAACCGGCCGUCCUACUCCCGGUGAUACAGGCGACACGCCAGGUGGUUUCUCACUGAGGGAUGAAGAGGGCGAGCAGCGAAAAUUGAUGAAUGGAAUGCUUUCGGUUGAGCGAUCGCCGUCGUCGGGUUCGUGGCUCUUUAUGUCGGGGCCAUCGGCAUUGUUAGUUUCGUGGAAGGUUUCGGAUAUUGCGCGGGAGUUCUUCGAGAAAAUUGCUGGGUAUGGAUAUCCGUGGCGGCUGAUGUCUGGUGGGAGACACGAGGUUAGUGUCUCGAAGCCAUUCAAAGAGGAGGGAAGACAGGUUGUGGAGGUGCGGUUUGCGUCGGCGCAUGAUUAUGAGAUUAUUCCCGAUGAGGGCGAACUGGAGAAGCAGAAGGUUAUCCCGGCAUGGAGUGGGAGAUUGCAUCGCGGGUUUGCGCGGUUGAUCUUGGAUAGCGCUGUUCGUGAGUUGCAAGAUUGAUCUUGCUUUUGAUGCUGAUGCACUCCAAACAGGGAUUUGCUCCUGGUGAAUCUUUGUGACUUUGACUUGGCUAUUCAUUCACUAACUUGUUUUUAUUUAUGUCUUAUGCUUGAUUUUGUUCUUGUUCAUUGCUUCAAAA